GUGCUGCUCACUGACGCUGUUCAUUGGUUAAGCUGACAUGUGGUUCCUGCUUGAUCCAAAACACACCCGCGGCUUUAGAGUACACCGUUGAGGAGUUUUGCAGAGCCCAAAUGAAGAGAAAAGGGAAUAUCUCCCAUUUCUUCUUAAAGAGGCAAAAACCAGGACCAGACAGAACCCUGCAGCAGUGACCAACCUGGAGAAGCCAGCCAGGAGACACCAGGCCCAAGUGUAUCACCAGCAGACUGCUGUGUGUCAUCAAACAGGAAAAGGUGGAGCUUAUGAGCUGCUACACGGAAACAUGGCAGACACGAGAAUGGGUGUUCUUGGUGUGGUGUCGGCCUUCCUUGGAAGUGGAGCGGCAGGUUUUGUGUUCGGAGAAGCUGCGUUGUUUGCAGUGGAAUCCACUCUGACUGAAGAUGGCCUCCUGCUAAAAGCUGCAACUCUGGCUGCUGGACGGGCUGGUUCCACAGGUGUUGCAGUAGUGAUGGCAUGCCUCGUGUUCACCUCCGUGCUCUUGUGUCUCGGAAGUGGUUUCCUCCUUGCUGCCAUGGUGACGACGCUGUUGAAUAAAGUUGGAGUGAGGCUGCCCUGGUUAGCAGAGGCUACAACAGGAGCCUCUGUUGUGGUGGGCGCUGUUGCUACUGGAGUCUUAACAGGCGUCAUUCCACCGUGGAUAUACCUUGUGGCUCAAGGUGCUCUGGUCCUUUUCGUCUACUCAUACUCCAGUAUUAACGACAUGACCACAGCUCUGUUAAUCAUCUUCACCACACUAUACCUGAGUGUAGUAUAUGGACAGAUGGGAGCCCUAUUUGGACUCAUCAGCAUGAUACUGACCAUCAUUGUCCUCUUUGUCUUUCGAAGGCUACUAACAGGCCGUGUCACUCGAAGACCUAGAUCAAAAACUGGGUGCGUACUGCUGGAGAGAAUAUUCUUCUACUCUGUUUUUGUGGGGAUUCUGGGAUUUUUUGUAGGUUUAGGGGCGGGUGAAGUAGGAGAAGGGUCAAAAGAAGAGGUUGUUUUGAUGCUGCAGUCAGUCCUCUGGGUUGCAUAUCUGUCUGCAGCACUGCUUGGAGCUGGCCUGGGAACAGUGGCCAUGGUCGGACUGGGUCCAGAGGCAGCGGGAAAGGUUUCUUUGGGAGUUGCUAUAAUGACAUCAGUGGCUUUGAGAGCCAUUCUGCAGUGGAGCUCUUCUCUUGGGGCCCGAGGCAGCACAGCAGGAACACUGGGGGCAGCUACAGCUGCAGGGGUCUCACUUGGAGCUGCAAGUGUUGCAGCAAAACGGGCAUUUGAGUCAAGGAAUUCAACUUUAGCAGUUUUAGGUUCGGUCGUUGUCGGUGCAGUUGCGGCAGCAGAAUGCCAAGUACUAAAAGCAGCUCUGUUCACCGCAUCAGAACUUGUAACAGUCACCCUUGUUGCAGUAGGGGCAUUUGUUCUGGGUGCACCAAAAAGCCCAUUCCACACUCAGGUGAAUCUGCAAAAGGGCCUCCUCACAGGGACUGUGCUAAUGAAAGAAAUCGGCAUGGAAACCGUCACCGCAGCAGCUGCACCCAUUGGAGCCGGAGCACUUGGGGCUGCAGCGCUGGGCACCGCGGCUCUGGGGAGACUGGGGACUGUGGGAGUCCUAGUGGCUAUAGCAUUGGCUUUGGGGAGUGCUCUAAGUGGCAUGAUAGGAAAAGCACCAGCAACUACAAACACUCACAGAGACUGAUUGAUGCCUGUGUUAAAUGCCUGCUAUAGUCAUUUAUGUUCUUGCACUGCAUUUUUGCAAGUAAAAGUUCGGAGCACAAACAGUAGUGUCACAGGAGAUGGUAUCUGUUAUACAGAUAAAAUGCUUAUGUUUGAAUGUGUUAUUGUGAAUACCAGUGUUAAAUAAAA